AUGAGAGAUCUGCGGAUGGGAAGACUGAAAUACUCCUUGCUUCACCUUGGACUCCUUCCUCUCACAGUGCUUAUCUUAGUCUUCUUUGGCUACAUGUUCCUGAGCCUCCGAAGCCAGGAAUUGGGGAACCCAGGAGAUGUGACUAGGAAGGCCUAUCCUCAGCCAAGGGUGCUAAAACCCACUAGGAGAGAUGUUCUUGUCUUGACUCCUUGGCUGGCUCCCAUCAUCUGGGAGGGGACCUUCAACAUCGACAUACUGAAUGAAGAGUUCAGGCUUCGGAAUACCACGAUUGGAUUGACGGUGUUUGCCAUCAAAAAGUAUGUGGUGUUCCUGAAGCUGUUCCUGGAGACGGCAGAGCAGCACUUCAUGGUGGGACACAAGGUCAUCUACUACGUCUUCACUGACCGUCCAGCUGAUGUGCCACAGGUUGCCCUGGGUGCAGGACGGCAGCUGGUGGUGCUAACUGUGCGCAACUACACCCGCUGGCAGGAUGUGUCCAUGCACAGGAUGGAGAUGAUCAGCCGCUUCUCAGAGCAGCGCUUUCUGCAUGAGGUGGACUACCUGGUGUGUGGAGACGUGGACAUGAAGUUCAGUGACCACGUGGGUGUGGAGAUUCUCUCAUCACUCUUCGGCACCCUGCAUCCUGGCUUCUACGGUAGCAGCCGAGAGGCCUUUACCUAUGAGCGCCGGCCACAGUCCCAGGCCUACAUCCCUCUGCAUGAGGGUGACUUUUACUACAUGGGAGCCUUCUUUGGGGGGUCAGUGCUAGAAGUGCACCGUCUCACCAAGGCCUGCCAUGAGGCUAUGGUGGAGGACCAGGCCAAUGGCAUUGAGGCUGUGUGGCAUGAUGAGAGCCAUCUGAACAAAUACCUGCUUCACCAUAAGCCUACGAAGGUGCUGUCCCCAGAGUACAUGUGGGACCAGCAGCUGCUGGGCUGGCCCUCUAUCAUGAAGAAGCUGAGAUAUGUGGCCGUGCCCAAGAACCAUCAGGCAAUCAGGAACUGA